CGCCUACCAGCAGAGCAGCGCACACACACGCGCACACGCGCACAGCCACACAGCCCUCCUCUGUGUGUUUGUCCGCUUCAGCUCAGAGGAGGAGGAGAAGCGAGCCGCCGCCAUUUUACUAAAAGCGUCUCUCCACCUAAAAAAACCCGAGAGAGAAAAACCCUCUUCUCUGAAAACCCGUCUGGAUUAACCUCCCCAGCUCACUGAACACCGGGCUGCUCGGUAAAGGAACCACGUCGACGUCUACCUGGACAUUUAGAGUUGAAUGCUCCGGUAGAAAAGGAGCAGUGUUUCACGGCCUUGUGUCUUUUUAUAUCUGAUCUGCUCGGUAGCGGCGAGGUGAAGCUUCGUGUGGAUCCGGAACGAGACGGAUCGACUCCCCGAGACUCUCCUCGUUUCUUAUUACAACCCGGUUCGAUUGAUUAAUGGCAGAGUGAUCGGUUAAAGCCUUUUCGGUUGGUUUGUUUCCACCAUAUAACAGAAGAUAAGAGAGGGAUUGUUUGUUGCAGAAAUUCCCUCGGAUAGUGCAACCUCGUCACGUGGCUGUCCUCAGGUGGGGCAGUAAGCGGGUGGUGUGGAGCAGGCCGCGGUGCCCGUCCCUCUGCACUGCAUGGCUGCGAUGGCGCCCGCUCUCACCGACGCCCCAGCCGAAGCUCACCACAUCCGCUUCAAACUGGCUGCCCCAUCCUCAAGUCUCUCACCGGCCAGUGCAGAGAACAACGGUAACGCCAGCAACAUCCUCAUCCAUAGCAGCGGCCCCGCGAAGUGCAAGGCCGCGCCCGAAGAUUGCCCUCUUGACUUUUGUGGCGGCGACCAGGAACAGCAGCAACAGCAGCCCCAAGCCGACUCCGUGUCUCAGGCCUCGGCCCUGGGAAAGCUCCAGCCGCUGGUGGCUUCUUACCUAUGCUCUGAUGUGACACCUGUCCCUUCAACUAAGGAGUCAAUCAAGCUGCAAGGCGUCCUCAUCAAACAGUCAGUGUUGAAAAGCCACAGAAUACUGCCCGGCUCCCUGCUCAACGGCGGAGGAGACUUCCUGUUGAGGAAGAGGCAGACGAUCGAACUCUCUGGCGGCCAGCUCAAAAGCCUCAUGAGUGGCAGCACUAACGGAGGUGGCCAGCCCAUGGCACCUGUCAACGGCCUGGCCAAGAAGCUGGCCACUAUGUCUAGCCCUGGCUGCGUGGUGGCGGUGAAUGGUGACAAACCGUCGGCCACCACAGACUCUCAGUCCCAGAACCUGCCCUUGGACUCUGAGACCUUGACAGCUACCUUAUCAGGGCAUAUCCCGGUGAAAGGAACCCUUAAACAGAAGCAUUCCUCUGGGGUGUCUCAAAAUACAGAUGGAAAGAACCUUGAACCACCAGUGCUCCAGUCUAAUGCACUUUCCCCCUAUACCUACGACAACCCUAACCCCACUGAACAAGUGAAUUUGGAGGAGGCGGAUUCACACACGAACACCGGUCAGCCACAGGGUUCUGAUGGGGAGAGACCAGGUAGCAGCCAGCAGGGCUCCAGGUCUUGCACACCUGCACCACAGCCUCCCCUACCCUGUACUUCUUCCUCGGACAGCCUUGAUGCUCACGUUAAGGAGCGCACCCUUCUCAACAGCAGCCGCCAAUCUGAGAUUGAAAACCGGCUGCGGCGCCUGCGCAAACGUCUCCAGGUUGUGCAGGCCAAGCAGGUGGAGCGGCACAUUCAGCAGCAGCUGGGUGGCUUCUUGGACUCGGCGCUCAACCGGCUUUUGGCGGGUAACCGCAAGUCAGAGACGGCGACCCCUACGGCUACAUGGAGGACUGGACGCCACUCUUCCUCAAACAACAGAGACGGCCUCGGUCGCUUCCUGAAAAGCGGCUCCAUGCCCUUGGAGCUGGAGAGGCUGUAUCUGAGCGGAUCGGCCAACCUUCAUUCUGCAGAAAGCGCCUUUGACUCAGACGUAACAGAGAGUAGCUCUGGAGGGGACUCUGACCUGGAGGAGGAGGAGCUGACCAGAGUGGACAUUGAGCAGCGACAUGUCAAAAUAUGGAAGCGGGCAGAGAGCCGCUACACCGUGGAGAGAGCUGCCAUCAUCAGCCACUGGAACUGGCUCCAGGCCCACAUCUCGGACUUGGAGUACCGCAUCCGACAGCAGACCGACAUCUACAGACAAAUCCGCGCCAGCAAGGGCUCAGUGGAGCUGGGAGGAGUUUCCACCACCGGAGGGCCUGCAGGUGGGACAGAAGUGAAGACAGAGCCUGUAAAUACUCAGGAUGUUGGUUCAGAACGGCUGGAGCACACAGGCGCCGCCCACAUCUCCAACACAGAGCCCGGCCCGUGGAAAGGUCAAAACGCACAGCCCGUUAACGGCGUCCUCAGCAGGAUGGCAGAGUGCGCAGACAACAAGCACCAGCAGGCGUCGGCCUACGACAGCACGUGUGUGGCGGCGCGUACGCGACCGAUGGUCAGCUGUCGACGACGGCGGCUCAUUCAGCCCAACACUGUGCCCAACCUUAACGGCAAGCAGGCCCAGAGAAGCAGCUGUAUCCAGUGUAACUGCAGGGUGAACCCCAGCUGUGUGAUGUGUGGUGGCUGGCCCACCCCCAGAGAGGACCCUCAGUACGACCAGCCCACCCUGGAGCGCCUGUCGAGACUGGAUCUUGGCGUCCACCCCAUCCUGUCCUUCCCUGACGACGUUUGUAUAGGCCUACGUCUGCAGCAGGUGAUGAAGAGCCAGUGGCAGAGCAAGUCACUGGAGAGGAGCAAACCACUGAAGAAGCUCUCGCUCAAACACAAGCUGUCCUCGUCCAAAGAGAAGCACAAGUUCACCAACUCACUUAUGGCAGUCAGUGUUGCAGGACUAGGCCACUAUAAGAACCGUGCUGAGAAGCCGAGGACGGUGGACAGCAGUGUGGGCGGCGGCGGCGGCGGCGGCAGCAGCAGUGCUGCUCUGAACACGGCCAGGCUCGAGGGCCAGGCCGUGUGCAAGACUGAGCGGCUGCAGGGUCUCUCCACUCCCUUAGGGCCCUACGACAAGAACUACAGCCGCAAGAGAUUAAGAGAGCACUCGCUGGAGAGGACCGACACGUCCCCUAAACUGUUCCUGGACUCGAGCAGCCCCUGCCCGACUCUGGCCAACAUGCACUCGUCCCUCCACAGCCCCCUCACACGCCAGCUGUCCACGUCUUCAGAGAACUCCACGCCACUGGGCCAGGGCAUCCAGAGCACACCGCAGCCCAUUAAGAGGAGGCGAGGCGAAAGCUCGUUUGACAUCAACAACAUCGUGAUCCCCAUGUCUGUGGCGGCCACCACCCGGGUGGAGAAGCUGCAGUACAAAGAGAUUCUCACACCCAGGUGGCGAUCCGUGGACAUCUUCUCUCAGCCCAUAACCGAAGACGAGGACGAACGGGAGGUGGAGGACCUGACAGAUGCAGCCUUCACUCAGCUCCAUCAGCCCCACGAGGACCAGGAGCGUUCCCGCUGGACUUGGAUGGCUCUGGCUCCCGCUAAGAGGAGGGGCAGCAGGUCGUAUAAAUCUGUGGACGGGCGAACCACGCCGCUGCUCUGCGGGACCAACCCUCCCACCCCUCAGCCGGCGUCCCCAGACCCCGGCCACUGCCCGAUGCUCCACGACUACAGCUACGUGCCGUCGCCCAUGAGCCCAGCCAGCCCCGACACCACCUCCAACCCACACACACCCUGCUCCAGGGACUCCCAUCGGCUGCUGUCCAGCGAGGACACCAGGUGCUCCACGCCGGACUUCACCUUCGAAGAGAGGACGGUAGCGCCGUUUGAACGCCGCUGUUUCCCGCUGCCAGAGGACCCGGCCCCGGAGCCGGAGCCAGAGAGCGACCACAUCAGGCCCAGAAUGCGCAGCAUCUCGGGAUGCCGAGCGGCACCCUACGGACGGCUGGAUUCGGACGACAUGGAGCUGCCUUGUGGUGUUGGUGACGACGACGGCGGCGCCAAACACAAGGCCUCCUCCUCCUCCACCUCCACCUCCACCGCCCACCGAUGAAUGACUGACAGGCUGAGGUCUCCCCUCCCCCCUGACCCUCCUACACCCACAGCUCCUCUCUGGCAUUAACAAGCAGAACCUCAAAGCAGAAUAAAGAUAUUAAAUGGGUUCCUGUUGUUUGAUAUUCAAACAUCAGUCUAAUACUUUUCACAGUUUUUAGUGAACAUUAUGGAGAUAGAAGCCUUUCCCUACACUUGUUUUUGUCACAGGAAAAAAAAGGAUAAAUGUAAAAAAAAAAAAAAGUAUAAAACAACACGUUACAAAAAAUGUUUUCUGUAGUAGGCUAAACAAUGUACAUGGGGGCUUAGUGGUGUUUCAUAUGUCGCGUGUACACUUGUAGCGCACUAUGUAGCGGACUCCUCAAAAUAUGGCCAAAGGGUGUUUUCUAUUGACUAGUUUGCUUGUAAUUCCCAUGUACAUUUUUAGUGGAGUGACAAAUUACAAAACAAGAAAAAAUACCCUCCCCCCCCACCACCUCCUCCUCAUCCAAAUAAACAGGUACAUUUGAGAUGUGGCCCCCCCGAUCGUCUUCUCCCUCUAGAGGUCGCCUGAAAUCACCAGAGCACUUCUCCAAACUGCCAAGUCUAGUUUUGUUUUUUUGUUUUUUUUUGCUUUUCUUUGUUUGUUUUUCAUUCCUGACAUGUUUUCUUUGUUGUCUGUUCCUGCGUUAACACAUUCUCUCUCUGUGUGUGUGCGUGUGUGUGCGUGUGUGUUUUUUGAAUAGUAAAAUCAUUCCUUUUUACAGUUUCCGUUACGGAGAGUGUGUCCAGGCUCCCCCCGUCUCGCCCCGGUUUCUGUUUUUAGAAGAAGGGUGGCGGCUUUAGAGAGAGAGAGAGGACUGGGGUUGUCUUUUUUAGAGCACUUGCCCUCGCAGAAAAAGCGCUGCUGCAUGCUGAGAAAACAUGCUAACGUUUUAAAAGUCUUAUCACGACAAGCACACGGUAAGAUUUCCACUUAUUAAAAAGAAAAGAAAAAGAAGAAACAAACUGGCGGGGGAUGAUUGUACCAUCUGCUAGUUUCACUCUGCGUACAGUCGUUGCUGUAUUAGUUAAAUUGUGGUAAAAUAAAGACAUAACACAAUCACCCCCCCCCACUUCCUCUUUUCUCUCGCAAACAUUUCAAAUGUAGCAGCUCUCAGCUAGAAGCCACCCCGAGCUCAGGUUUUUCAAUUUAAGGGAAUAUUUUCUGCUGUUUAAUAGUUUCACUCGGAUCAGAUCUACUCUGUUGGAUUUUGUUUUCUUUGCCACCCCUCCGACGUCAUAACCACACUCUUCUCCCCGUCCCCCCCCUCCACCACCACUCCCCCGACCCCCACCUUAAGUAACUAAUUGCUAUGCAAAAAAAAACUAUGGUUGUUUUCAUUUUACACCUCCUUUUUAUGCCACAGCCAUUCAAUCACUGUUUUUUCUUUUGUAGUUUAAGCAAGAUGUCAAUGUACCUGUUCGAUUGUUGCAGCAGUUAACCUAAUCAAAAAGCAGAAUUGUUUUCUUUUUUGUAAAUAGUACCAUUAAAACAUUUAUGUUUAACUUGG